AUGUCCUUCAAAACCAAACCGCAGGGAUCCAUAUCUCGACUCCACUGGCCCAGCGAACCCACUGCUACUCGUUUAUGCCUAAAAUGUGGCGACUCCAUCCGUUUCACUCUUUUCUUGAAUGAUUUUCAGGAAAUCGUUCAGCAUGUGCGCUCAGGGCUUCGUGUUACCUCCCUCCAGCGUUAUCGCUAUGAAGAUUCCUUGGACGAUGCUCAGGGAUACAUUGACCAAUAUCAAAAGGAAAUAACCCGAUUACGCGAUGCAAUGCACUCGAUUGAAGAGCAGCAGAAGUUUUUGACCGCUUAUGCGGAUGGCCUUGAGCAUUUGUUAGCCCCAAUCAAUCGACUCUCAGAGGACAUUCUCGUCGAAAUCUUCAAAUACGUCUGUUGCGAGGACGCAGGUGCCAAUUACAUUGACUAUACUGUCUGGCGCAAGCCUCUCCCCACUCUUACGCUUCGUGGUGUGUGUAGCAGAUGGUUUCGCUUUAUCGGGAAUACACCCGUGCUAUGGUCAUGCUUCGGUAUCAGAUGCGUAGCCCGAAAUCGAGACAACCUUGGUCCAUCAUUCUCGUCGUUUCUCACGCGUUCUCAAUUCCACCCCAUUGACUUCAAAAUCGAACUUCGCCUAGGAACCGCGAAGCAACUAGGUCUUCUCUUGAACAUGGAGACCACCAGACGUUGGCGUGUAGCAGUCUUUGCUGGUGUGGCUCACGGAUUCAGCGAGUAUGUUCUUCGAGAGCUAGUCAAUUCAAAACUUGACCUCCCCGAACUGGUGAAACUUGAUAUUGAUACAGGUUCCCAAACGGAGACCAUAAAGUUCUUAAUUAAGUGCCCUAAACUCCGUAUUUUGCAUUUACGUGGCUUCUUUUUGCGUCUCCUCUAUGACCGACCUUCCAUUACACACCUCGUCAUGCAUGAGCUCUCUUUUGUAUCCGUGCUUGAUAUCCUCGGAUAUUGCCCAAACGUCCAGGAUGUCACAGUGACGCACCUUCGCACGUUCGACUUUAUGAGUGCUCAUGUAAAACCAGAAAUGGCCAGAGUCUGUAAUGCCAAAAGCUUGUCUAUUGAUUUUGGUAUCCAUUCUCUCGACGGAUAUGGCGCCACUGGCCUUGAUAACUUCCUCAAAUCAAUUACUAUGCCCCGUCUAACUCACCUCGCCAUACUUGACACUUUCCUCAACAACGAGAACUUCGUCGAACCUCUUCGUGAUAUGCUUGAGCGAAGUAUGUGCUCAGUCACUCACGUCCGUAUUCGCGGGGCGCAGUUCAACAAGGAUAGGAUGCAUCGUUUGUUCGACUCGUGUUUAUCAUUGGUGACGAAUUUGGAGUUCGAGGAAACUGGCGAUGCAGCGUAUGGAUGUUUCUUCGAUGGUUUGACUGCCCAUCACCAGGAAAAGGAUACCGCCAAAAAUUCCACUUCUGGUUGUAAUGCAGAGGUGGGCGGAAGUGCAUCAACUGGGGUCACGCAAACACGAGUAGAAGGGGAUUCCGCCCCUAGUACCAAUAAUGGUGCCGAGGUUGGUGUUAAAGCCGCAGUUGCUCCAACUCAGGAAGACCAGAGUUCACCAUCCUUCUUACCAAAUCUAACGGAUCUCUCCCUGAUAAUCAUACCUCAAACCGAAAUGGUACUCAAGCUCAUCCGCGCUAGGUGGAAACCUGCCACUGAUCUAACAACCGCAGACCGAAGCUCAGAGUUGUCAUGUAUUGAAGUAGAUGAUUCAGAUACCGGGGAUGAAGUUGUCGAUAUGGACUGUGGGAAAGAUAGUGGAAAUGUGGAUAAGGAGCAGGAAGCGAGGAGAUGGCACAGCAUAUAUAUGUCCUUAACUGGCCAAACGCAGAGCGUUGUGCGUGCAGUAGACCCGGGAACUACUAAGGACGGAGGGGAUUCUGGGGGAACUGGAAAACUUAGUGUUGCCCAUGGGGUGCCCUCAAUAGAAACUUCAGCGACCGAAGCGAACGCUGCGGCUACUUCCGAUCCCCCUGAACCCAACUCAGAUUCGAGUUCGGAUUCACUGCGCGGAUCCAACAUCGUCUCAUUGUCGAAAUUGUGGAUACAUUGCAUCGAUACCAAGCAUCCGAGUAAUCGAGAGGAAGCAAAAAAGCUAAUAAAGAGCUGUGAACAAUACAAGGCGAGCGGGAUGAAUGUGCUUGUCACACAUCCAGAUCUUUAUUCAGACUGA